AUGUGCAAUGUAGACACGAGUAGAGCGCCUAUGGUACUCGGAAAUAAUCUGCCUGAGGCCACCAGGCGGCGUCCACCGCCCCGGCGGCACUCCAGCAUCGACCAGCAUCAACUCCGCUGUGCUUUCUGCCUCGCGCUCUCAGAUUACAUCUCCUCCACCUUCUCAAUUCCUCUUUUCGUCCUCUUCUUGCAGCGGGGAAGGAUUGCUUUCGAUAGACUUGACCCCUUUGAAGCUCACAAGGCAGAAAUCAAUCCAUCUUCUGCCUACGUCCUCCCGUCCCCGUACUCCCCACCACGUCACCGUACUUCCCCGCCGAAGUCGACACAGUACCAUAUACGACUCCGUUGCGAUCCCGCUUUGUUGCUUCUUUACGUGGCGGGAAACACCUUCUACAUAACCCGGUCUCCCUCUGCCCACGCCUACGGGUUUCUCGAUUGGAACACCCCCUGA